AUGCUGCCCAAAACUCAGCAGAGCAGGCUCUCUCCGACCCAACAUCAACAUUUGGGUCUUCAAGCUCAGCCUCAAGCUCAGCCUCAAUCUCAAACACAUGUAAAUGUAAAUGCAAAUGCAAAUGCAAAUGCAAACACAAACGUCAAAGUACAACCUCAAAUAAAUUCUCUGCCAUUGCCUCUAUCCCAGCCCCAAUUACAAUCACAAGUGCCGGUGCAACAAUUACAACCUCCCGUGUCGGCAUCGGCCGCCCUUGGUAUUAAUACAAGACAUAGAUCAGGUACUCUUCCUUCGUCGUUAUCGACAAAUCCAAUUCAACAACAGACAAUGACGCCUCCAACUUCGGCAGAUUUCUCCUUGAGAAUGAGAUCUCAAUCCUCACUGGCAAAUUCAAAUGCUCUUUGGGAUGAUCAAUUAUCUAAUGCUUCAAUAACCUCUUUAGAUACAACGGGGAAUCCGUCCAUUCAUCAACAGCAACAGCAACAGCAAUAUCAACAAACGAGGCUUAGAUCGUAUUCAAAUAGUAAUUUGGAUGUCCCUCUUGCAAGUACUCCGUUAGCUCCUUCCUCCUUUUUGACAAUUAAUGAACACGUUUAUCCAAAUGGCGGGAGUUUAAGACCUAGAUCUCAGACUUUUGCAUCUCCUAAUCAAAUGUUGAACCAAAUGAAUAAUAUUAAUAUGCCAAAUAACUUACCUGUAAAUAUGCAAUUGAAUGUCAAUAGUUUCAAUAUGAAUGAUAUGAAUAACAUUAACAAUUUAAACAACUUGAAUAAUAUAAACAAUAUAAAUAAUUUGAAUAAUAAUACUAAUAAUUCUAUGAAUCUUACUAAUAUCAAUAAUUUAAGUAUGAAUUCCUUACAAUUGGCAUUGCAACAACAAAAACAACAAAAACCUCUUAACAGAACAUCUUCGUUUUCUGUUAUUUCGAAUAACCAACCUCUACUUUUGGAUAACAUCCAAGAAUCUUCAAUCUCAAUAACUUCUACUCAUACAAACCCCUUGUUAGGUCCAACAGAUACUUUACUAAUAAUUAAUAUUCCAAAUGACCCUCAUAUCUCAAAUUCAUCUAAUUUCAAUAAGAUAUUGAAAAAUUUUGGCUUAGUGAAGUCAGUUCGUCAAAUCAAGUGUUGUGAUUGCCCCGAUUUAGUCAUUGUUGCAGAAUUUAUGGAUGUUGAAUCUGCAAUCAAUUGUAGAUCCCAAUUAAAUAGUUAUGAAUUAUAUCCGGGAUUAAAAUGCUCAAUAUCAUUUGCUAAAAUCCUGGAAAUCAAUAAUAAUUUAUCGUUAUUGGACUCAUUGAAUUAUCAAAUAAACCAAGCAUCGGCUAAUUCAAACACAAUCCCAACAAUCAUUACUCCGUUAGCUAAUAAUAAUAAUAAUAAUCAUAGUAGUAACUGCAACCAAACCAACAGUAAUAAUAAUAAUAUUAACAACAACAUCAAUAACAUUAAUAUUAAUAAUGGCAAUAAUAAUACGCCUCAAAAAUUGGAUAUACAGGACCAACCGUUUAUGAGACAACAUUCAAAGUCGAUUUCCAAUGUUGAUGAUGCAAUUCCACCUUUUAACAUUACGAAUUUGAAUGAGAGAAUAGAGGACUUCACAAAAGUCCAAAACUUUGUCUUAUCCGAAAAUCCGAAAUUAGAAUUAGAUACAGAUACAUUGAAGUCAUUGAUUGAUAACUCCCUAAAUUAUAAAAACAUAAAAGCCAAUGAUCUUGGUCCUUUACCUCCAAUUUUAAACCACAAACAAUUUGACAACCCUUCGUUGCGUGACUUGAAGAAACAACUAGAUCAGAAUCAACUAUCAACUUUAAAGAUCGAGGAAUUAAUUUUGUCGAUGGAUGACGAACUACCAGAAUUAGCGUCUGAUUACUUGGGUAAUACAAUCGUUCAACAUUUCUUGGAAAUCACCUCAAAGGACAAGUCGAGUUAUGUCUUAAAGGAGUUUUUAGUAAAAAAAUUGGCUCCAUAUCUAUCCCAAAUGUCUGCUCAUAAAAAUGGUACUUGGGCAGCUCAAAAGCUGAUUAAUACUGUUUGCACUAAUAGAGAAAUGAAAAUAAUAAGCGAUGCACUUAAACCUUAUGCGACACAACUAUUCAAUGACACUUAUGCAAAUUAUGUUAUUCAUGGUGUGUUAAAAUUCAACUUUCCUUAUUAUAAUUUCAUUUUUGAAUCUCUAUUAUCUUCGUUUUUGACUAUCUCCUUCAAUAGAUUUGGUUCAAGAUCAGUUAGAACUUGUCUUGAAUCAAUUGAUGGGCAAGAUGGUCACUCUAAAGAAUUCAUUACAUUGAUUGCAAUUGCAAUUUUGACUUGGUGUUGUGAGUUAAUGACCGAUGUUAAUGGUUCUUUACUAAUAACUUGGUUCCUAGAAACAUGCCAAACAAUUGAAAAUAAGCACUAUUUAUUAGCUUAUGUGUUAACACACGAAAGCGAAUUCAAUAAUGUUGAGGGUAAUGAUGGUCUUGUCAAAGAUGAUGGCGAUGAGCAGAAAAUAGAAAAUAGACAAGAAGGUUUAGAAGAAAAUGAAAAUAAAAUUGAUGGAAAUCUGGAGGAAAACAAAAAGAUUAAUGAUACCACAAACGGGAACAAUGGAAAUGAUGAUGGACAGCACAAAAUGCUGAAGAAUUGUAGAAAGUUCAUAAAAACGUGUACGCUAAAAUUGGGUACUUUGAGUAUCUUAAAAAUACUGAAUUACAGAACUAAUUUAGAAGCAAGAAAUUUGAUUUUAGUUAAAAUUUUUGGCGAUGAUAUUUUAAGUUGCGAGUUUAAUAUUGAAGAAGAGAAGAACCAGUCUGAUCAUAGAGAACUAAUACUUAAAUCGAUCCUUAUCGAUCCUAAAGGUGUCAGCUCCAUCCAUGGCUCUAAUUUUAUCCACAAGAUACUAUCCAUUCCUACGUUAGAUCCAGUUUUGAAGAGACGUAUAAUCCAUAAGGUAAAGCUGGUACUGACAGAUAUUAUAUCGGAAUUUGGAUAUUCACUUGUUUCUAAUAACUCCCUGCGAAGAUUAGGUGAAGAGUGUGGAAUUAGAGGUAUCGGCGGCAAUUGUCAUAACCGUUUAAACCACCAUAGCUUUAGCCAUCAUAACACUCUUUCUACUCUUGGUAACUGGAGUUCAAGAUCAAGGUCGGGCAGUAACUCAACCAAUCUAACAGACCAGAGCCCACCAGUGCCAAAUGGAGGCAAUAAGGUUGAUUAUGAUUUAUUGUUAAGGCAGCAACUUGAAGAGCUGACAUUAAACAACAACAUGAACACUAUGAAUAACAUGAACACCAUGAACAAUAUGAACGGUGUGAGCAACAUGAAUUUUAUGAAUUUCAACAAUAUAUAA